AUGUACAGAACGGUUGCGGAUUAUGUGAAAAACCAUUUCAAGCAGACACUAUCAACUCCAACAGAAAUAUCAGCAUGGAUCCGAGGAUUGCAACCAGUUCAUCGAUGUUCAAAUGUUAUUUUCGAAUCAAUACUAGUUCACGGUCAUGUCAUGUCACGCGAUCAUAUGGAGCGUUUGACGAGACCUCGUUCGGUAGCUGACAGUGUCUUACAGCACAAGCGUAUUCGGUCCAUUCUUGAUCCAACUCGAAAUCCAGAUAUUGAACGUAUUGCAAACGAAUAUAUUCAAGCUAUUGCGUGUCUUGAAUAUUCCAAGGCAGAUACGUCGGGAAUGGAUGGUGCAGAAAUUUUCAUUCCUACAGAGGUGAAAAAGGCAAAAUCAAAUGGAGAUUACACGGAUUCUAUAUCUUCCUGUGAGAAGCAAUUAUCUAAUCUGCUAAAGAAGCGAGACGUUGACGAAAUUCGUGGUUGUUCGACGGACAUGGCCAAAGCUUCAUUAGUUUUGAUGAAGACCUUAGCUGGCAUUGGAUAUCAGGUAGAUAAAUUAUUGGGUACUGAUAAACAUAUAUUUAGUAUUCUCGGCCCACAUCGUGGUCACUAUUAUGGUGAUAUCGUUAUCAUUUUCAAGGCAGAGUUAAUGCGUCAUCCUGAUUCAAACUUCUCUAUUCAAGCAGGAACAUCAGUGCAUAGUGGAAGCACUUUCGAACAUAGGCGUUGGAUCAAAGAUGCAGGUACAGACGAUGGACGAAUCCAACAAUUUCACGAAUCAAAGUUGCAUUGUUCAAUACCAGGCUAUGAGAAUGCGGCUGCAGCGGAGCUAAUGGCAAUAGCAGGUGUAAAAGAUAAUACAAUUGAUGUUAGUUUAAAAAAAGUCUUGGAAUAUUGGAACCAUGUUGAUUCGCACAAAACAUUCGAAGCACAUUUGCCUACAUUGGUUCCUCUCGAUUAUAUUGAAGAAAUUUAUAUGCCGAAAAAUGUGUUUGAAUCACUAUCGGAAGAUGCAAGAAAAGUGGCCAAAAAGAUUUUUGGUGAUUCGCUCAAGAUUACUGAACAUACAGUUGAUUUGGCGAAUGCAAGACAGAAUGAAGGUGAAAGAAAGAAAUAUAAUAAACAUAUAGUUGAAAUAUUGAUCGAUAAAUUCGAUAAAAAUCCGAAAUGUUCGCGACAGUUACAUGGCAGUUUUAUUACUGUACCACCCAAUGAAUUUAGAGAUCAUAUACUUUUACCCUUGACAAUAUCCAAAGCAUAUGAACAAUAUCAGGCAACGCAUAAAAAACAUCCUCCUACUGAUGAUAUAUAUAUUUAUUGGCAGUCAAUGGACGGAGAUGUGAUGAUCACACUUUCAGAUCAACUCCUUGGGCGUGAGUCAUCAGAUAAUGUGCAAUGUUUAGUAUGCUAUGUUGCCAAAACACCUUCAACAACAACGCCAAAUUAUCAUGAAUCAUGUUCAUAUUUGAAUAACGGUAAACCCUAUCAACAUUUCAUUGUCAAACACAAUUCAACCUUUGCCAAAGGUUUGAAUACAUUUCAUCUUGGUUGCAAUGUUGAUGAUUUUCUAACAUAUUGUUUACGAAUUGAAACUAAGAAUGGUCAAGUAACACUAUCACAUGCAGGACCGAAUAGUAUUUACAAUCACCAAAAAAUCUCGCAUGCAUUUCACAAGAAUGAACUUAAUUUGACAAAAUUGAACUAUGUGUACGUUAGCGCUGGUUCACAGAGAGUACCUAUUCGGAAUUUCACGAUUAACUUUAGCAAAGUGAAAGAAUUGCAUCCAUCUGUAGACGAUAAAUUCAAACGCGAAGAUCUCACUACUGUGAAGAAGGACCGAUCAAAAAGCCCAACACGUUCACAAUCUGAAACCACCACAAAAACUCCAGAAGCAUCUGAAGCGGCAGCUGAUUCAGAAAGUCCUUCCGCGGUUAGCCGUUUCGUUAACUGGAUCGGUUCUAAGUUCAAAGGAAAAAAACCUGAAGCCUGUCCUGAUUCAGUUAACUGUCUCCAACAGAACGAAAAUGAUCACAUUCAAAAGUUUUCUCACCCGUGUCGAUACUCGGAAUUAUGCACCAACAAAAAAAAUGAAGAACCUUAUCUCACGCAUUUUCCUCACAAUGUAUCUGAAUGUACAUCAAAAAAUUCAUGUUCCAAACUCGAUGAUCCGGUACAUCGAGCGAAAUAUCGACAUGCAGGUAAGCCUGAUUUUCUCAUUCCAUGUGAUCAGCAAAAAAAUUGCAAAAACACAUCCUAUGACCAUCGAAUCAAAUAUUCUCAUGGUCAACACAUUGAAGUAAAUUUUACAGAACAACCAGAAAGAAGUGAUGGCCACGAUCGACCUCAAGAACAAACCAAAAAAAUUGCUUGUCGACAUGGACUCAGUUGUCGUGAUAUCAAGGAUGCUGACCAUUGUUCAAAGUUUUCGCAUCCGGAUGAAUAUGACGCUGGUUCCGCGAAAGACACGGAUCGAAAUAAAAUAGAAUGUCGUCAUGGUACUGGUUGUCGUGAUAAAAGUGAUCCCGAUCACUGUUCAAGAUUUUCACAUCCUCAUGACCAUCGUGGUGGUUCCUCGAAUAACAUGGGUCGACAUAGAACACAAUGUCGUCAUGGAGCUGCUUGUCGUGAUAAAAAUGAUCCCGAUCACUGUUCAAAAUUUUCGCACCCAAAUGAAUAA